AUGGAUGGAAUUUGUAUCCAAUCGAGUCCUGAAAUCCAGGAACUAUCAUCUGCUCAAUGGCAUCACGUUGUUUCUGAAGAAAAUCCUGCUGAUUUGGCGUCACGUGAAAUAAAAGAAGAAAUAAACAACCAAAUUAAUGAAGUUCAGGACAAUAAUACAAAAGAUGUAAUAGCAAUAACUGAUCAACAAAAAGAAAUUGAUAGCCAUGUUAUAACUGAUAUCAUUGAAGAUGUUCAGGAUGGUAACAUAACAACAAUUUUAUUAAACAACACAAUAGAAACAUCUGAUCACCAAGAACAAACAAAGCGCCACAUACAGAGUGUAGAAACACAGUCAUCAAUUAAAAAUAUUGAAAUAAUUGAUUACCAAGAGGUAACAUAUAGCAGUAUUAACAAUGUGGAAGUACCUCCAGCAAAUAUAGAAAUAGAAAUAACUGAUUACCAAGAAGAAAUAGAGAGUACAGAAACACAUUCAGCAAACAGAGGAAUUGAAAACAGAGUUUCUGAUUUGCAAAUUGAAGUAUCACAAUUGAGAGAGGAAAAUUAUAAACUGAAAAGAAAACUGACAAGAAAACAAAAAAUUAUUUUAAGACAAAGGCGGCAAAAUAAUAAUUUGUCACAAGUUAUCCGUAAUUUUAAAUUGAAACAGAACAAGGAAGCCAAAAAGGUGGUGGAUCAGAUAAUAAGAAAUAAAUUAACUGAUGUAUUCACAAGUAAACAGUUAGAUAAAAUAUUAACAAAGAAACAAGUUAGAUGGACUGAUGAAGAUAUUAGUAUUGCUUUUACAUUGCGUUAUCUUAGCAAGCCUUGUUAUUUAUAUUUACGAAAUAGUUUAAACUACCCAUUACCAGGUGAAACAACAAUACAUAGUUGGUGCUCUAAAGUUAACAUGGAUUAAAAAUGUUGUAUUCUAUGAUCUUAUUUCUUCACACUGAGAUCUUAUUAUAAUUUAAAAUACAUUUUAAUUUUAUAGAAGUUAUUUGUUUCAUAAACCAUUUGUAUGAUUAGUAAGAAUAUUUGUAUAAAUAA